GAACUUAGAUCGAUCGCCAACCGAUGACGGAAGCUUGUUUACAUCGCUUUCUAUCUGGUCCGUAGCGCUAGUGGGUACAUACAGCUCAUAAAGAUAUUAUUUAAUUUUCUUACAUUAGAGAACUGUUUCAUCAAGUUUCACUGCCAUCAAUGGACCGCGGCGCAACAUACAACUUCUUGGAUCACAAACUGAAACCAUCGAUUCGCUGUGACACAGUUGACGAUGACUUUCACCCGAUCAGCAAUCUCAUUUCAAGUGAUCCGAAAACUUUGGAACUGGGAUUUAUGCCGUAUCCGGUAACGAAACCGCCCGUCGAAAUCGUUUUUAGCCUGCACUGCCCGAUAGUGAUGCAUCGUUUAAAACUGUGGGUUCAGAUAGGCGCGUUAAGAACGACGGCCGUAGAUGUCUACAUCCAGAAUAAGCGUGGAAUAUUUGAUAAGGUCGGUUGUGGAGAAUCGGAAUCAGCGGAAAUAUUUGAAUUUAUCAAUAACCGAAGAGUCUCAUCGCCGUCUGUUCCGUUAGAUACACGAAUAUCUCAGAAUUCGUUAUUUCCCACUGUUGGAUAUCUGCUAGCUGAUUGUUCAACAUUUAAGGUAACCCUCAAAAAGACAGCUCGAUGUGUUCCCGUUCUGCGAAAGAUAGAAUGUUGGGGACAACCGGCUCGUAGCUGUACAAAAGAAGUAAAAGAAAACAUCGAACGAAUAUGGUACAAGACAACAGAUUCAAUGGUGAAGAAACCUGCGACGCCUUGUAAUAAACCUCACAAUAUUGAUCCCAUCACUGCUGAGAUACCAGAAGAAUUCCUAGAUGAGCUGACUUGUGAUAUAAUGACGAUUCCCAUGAUUCUUCCAUCGGGAAAAAUUGUUGAUCAGAUGACAAUAGAAAAACACAAUCAACAGGAGGAAAAAUGGGGUCGCCAAGCUUCGGAUCCUUUCACCAGCCUCAUCUACACCGAUGUAAGAAAACCGGUGUUCAACGCUGCAUUAAAAUCACGCAUAGAUCAGUUUCUUAUCAAAAACUCGAAUAGCCUUCAAUAUCAUCAAGUCCCGCGUACCGUUGGAACCGUUCUACGGACAGCAACGACAAAUCCCCUCCAAAUCAUCUCCCCUAGGUUAUCUCGAAAACGCAAAUUAGACGGCGAACCGCCUAAGUUGAAUCUCUCUUGUUCAUCGUUGGAGAGCGCUGUCCGGAAAGCCCUUGCAACCACCACCAGAUAUACGCUCGCUAUUGAUGAUCGUGAUGACAAAUUCGAAAAUGCCUGUCACAGUUGCAUGAAGAGUUUGGGUAGCUUCUACAAAAUAUCAACGUGUCAGCAUUUGAUUUGUCGUGAUUGUUUGGAUGUCCAAAUACAAAUUCCACCUCACUGCAAAUGCAGUUGUGGUGUUGUAUUCGAAAGUAAAUCUGUCGAAAAGCAUCAUUUUAGUUGAAGAGUUUAUGAAUAAAAUUUUGAAUAAGGCAAA